AUGCCAACGGCCACGCGUGCCCCCUCCUCAUCGGACAAGCUGCGGCCGGCCAAGAUCGCUUACGCCACCCAGGAGCGGCUGAUUGUCAACCCGGCCGUGACCAAGCGGACGCUGCUGGCGGCGUACUACAUCCUCACGCCCGAACAGUAUGCCGGUGUUGAGACUGAGCGUGCCGCUGAUGGCCGCUGCGGCUAUCCGCUUUGCUCCAAGGCCACGGUCGACGCCUCGCCGCGCGGCAGGUUCCGCAUCACCCGUGACGGCCUCCUCGACACCACCCGCGCUCGCAUGUUCUGCUCACCCGAGUGCACCAAGGCGUCUGCGUUCUUUGGUAAGCAGCUGCCGACCGACCCGCUCGCCGCCCGCAACAUCGCCGCCCUCGAGGCUGCCGGCGGCGCGGUGACUUACGACGACAUGGACGCGGACGGCCGCGUCAAGCCCGACGCGCUCCGUGUGCUCUCCGCACCGGUCUCGCGGCCAAAGGCGAGCGUUGCAGCCGCAGAGCCGAUUCCGACACCGACGCUUGCCCCGGCGCGCAAGCCUGACGCCCGCCCGCUCUCCCAUGCCGUGGUCGAGCGCGACACAUCGGCGGCACCGGUGGUGGCGCCACAGGAGACUCGCAUCGCGCCGCCGCUCUUGCCCUCCAAUGCACACCUGCACUACCAGCUCAACCCGCAGACGGGCCCGCCUUCAGCCUCGUCGUCGGUCUCGUCUGUUGCCGGCUCGGAGACCGACGAGACCGAGGUGUGGGACGACGACACAAGCAGCGAGGUCGUCGAGUAUGGCGACGACGACGACGAUGACGACGAUGAUGGCGAGAUCGUGCUCCCCGAGCCGUCGAGCUUUGUUCAGGUAGCGAUGGUGCUGAUGGCACUGGUCACACCUGCUACCGCGGUCUUUGUGGCCAACGGCAAUCCCGACGCGCCCGACGUGCCUGUCGAGUCCCCGGCCCAGCUCUCGCGCAAGUUUGAGCAUGUCCAGUACCGCGAGCUGGUCAAGGGCACGGUUCUACGCGAGCUCUCGGACGCGUUGCCCGACUUUUGCUACAAGGCCGAUGGCGUGCCGCUGAGGGCGCUGAGCCUGGUCGAAGACGUCGCUGCCACCUUUGCCUACUUUACCAACAUCCCAGACCUCCCGCGCCCACUCUGGUCCGUCGUUGCGCUCGUUCUCCUCCACGCGCUCCGGGCCCGAUCCCCCGAGCUAGACGCCUUUCUCGCCUCCAACACUGUCCACUGCGCCGGCGUCCUCCGCGCCGCCGGCAUCGACCCGACCUCGCUCAACUCGCUUGUCCUCAUGGUCACUGGCGCGUCGUGAUGAACGAGGGUGAUGAUGAUGAUGAUGAUGAUGAUGAUAGCGAAUGCCUGCACUCGCCCACCGACCGUGCCGAGUCGUCCCAAAAAAUAUUUCCUCCGCCCCA